UGGUUGGAUUAUGCCGGGUGAUUUUCCCGAAGAUUAGAAAGAUUGAAGUGGCGGAGGCAACGGACGGGCUAGCUUCUCCCAAAUAACCAUUUCAGGCAAUUUGAGCCAAAUCCCGCAAUGCAGGCGAUUACGGAAAACAUUGUCACAUGGUGCAGCGGGACUCGGCUUGAUACAGACGAAGUCGUCGUAAUUCUGAUGAAACCAGCAUCUGGCACGAACCGACCAGGCUUCUAUAAAGACGGACCAACCCUUCGCAUCCAAGAGGCCAGUUCCAGCCCUUUCCCUAUUCUGUCGAAACCGCCCAAACUGCCAACUGUCAACGUCUACAACGCCCAUAAUGUGGUCACCACGACUUUUCGCUUUGACGAUCCUGUGCAGCUCUGCUGCUGCACAGACCCCGGAUGGGUUCAAUCCGUCCGCCAGUGCGCAGCUUCGUGUCGUCUAUGGCUCCAAGGCUGUAGACCCACCGGGAACAUCAUUCACAAAGGCCGAGACUGCUUCUAUGCCCGUGUUCGGUUCCAAUGACAACUUGUCAGGGACAUAUCUCUUUGUUAUGAUUGAUCUCGAUGUACAACGCGCCGGCGGAAACAGACAGAACCUCCUCCACGCCAUGAUCCGGGACGUCAAGCCCUCGGGCAAGACGAGCGCCGAAGGCUUCCAGGUCCUCAGCUCAACCGCCACGGGGCCUACCGCCUACCUGGGCCCGUCGCCACCGGCCGGCCAGCCCGCCCACCGCUACACAUUCCUGCUGUUCGAGCAGCCGGCCAACUUUGCCGUGCCCGCGGGCCAGCGCCAGGUGCUCAACUCGCGCGUCGGCUUCGACAUGAACACCUUUGCCCAGCAGGCCGGGCUCGCCGCGCCCCUGUACGGAAACUUCCUGAACGUGACGGGCUAGGGUGGCUUUUGAGAGGAGGGGUUUGCUGAGGGGGCUGCUCUGCCCGUCUACGGUGAUGAUGGACCGGCUGGCAAUGUUGACGGUGGUUGCGUACCUUGCCUGCUUGGGUCGAGGUGGCUGUUAAGCCGAGCGACCCCAAGCACUGCAAGUGUAUGUAGCGUCUUCUUACUCUGUAUUCCUGUAGCCUAAAAAGGAGAGUUUUCAGACCUACGAAUGCGUGGAAAGUGAAAGUUUGUUGGAGAA